CCCCGAAACACUAGAUGGCGAUGCGCCCUAUUACUGCGCUUUAAUAAAAGACGAAAGACACGUCAUACCUGUGAGCGGAUGAAUACGACUGCGCAUGCGCCGCCCAGCCUUCACAAACUCACCGACAAGGGAUCUGAAAGAAGAAGAUGAGGGUGCUGUGUGUGUUUGCUGUGCUUGCCUUGCUGGCUCUGGCAGCAAUGGGAGAGGAAGGAGCUCGCCUGCUCGCCUCCAAGUCCCUGCUGAACCGGUACGCGGUGGAGGGCCGAGACCUCACACUGCAGUACAACAUCUACAACGUGGGCACCAGUGCUGCACUGGAAGUGGAGCUCUCCGAUGACUCGUUCCCUCCCGAGGAUUUCGGCAUCGUCUCUGGGAUGCUUAAUGUGAAGUGGGAUCGCAUCGCCCCUGCCAGUAAUGUGUCUCAUACAGUAGUUCUGCGUCCACUGAAGGCUGGCUACUUCAACUUCACCUCAGCCACCGUCAGCUACUUGGCACAAGAAGGCGGGCAGGUCGUGGUUGGUUACACCAGCGCUCCUGGUCAGGGAGGCAUUCUGGCCCAGAGGGAGUUUGACAGACGCUUUUCUCCACAUUAUCUGGACUGGGCUGCUUUUGGUGUGAUGACUCUGCCUUCCAUCGGCAUCCCGCUGCUCCUCUGGUACUCCAGCAAGAGGAAAUACGACUCUCCCAAGACCAAGAAGAACUAAUGGAGAAGUGUAGGGUUAAGGCAUUAAAACGGGGUUAAGGGUGGGGUAGGAAUGGGUUUUUGAGAGGUUUUCACUCAUUUUAUUACCCAUAUUGGGGGUAACAUGACCAAGGAUGCAAGUUUGGACAGGUCUAAUGGGAUGGUCGUAUUUCUUUUUCCACCCAUGCAGAAGCAUCACUGAAGUCAUCUUUCCUUCUUCAUAAUUUAUCAUAAUGGCCAUUCCAGGCUGUGAGCAACUUUUUUUUUUUUUUUUUUUUUUAAUUAAGUGUUUAAGAGCAAAUUGGGUCAUUACUGUCUUUAUGGCUGCUCAGAGAUCUACAAUGAAAAUAAAUAAAAGUGGGUUUUUACAAAAAAAUACAA